AGUUGGAUGAAGAUUUGGCAACAUAGCAUUCAAAUAGAACCAUUCCACAGAUAUAUAAUUAUUUUGUGUCUAUGAACAUGAACAUUUCUAACCUAACCUCAUAAACAAAUUGAAUUCAAUAUCAACAACAACAUAAAUUACCUUUGCAUCUAUUCGAAUAAAAUAACAUGGAUGAGACAGACGAUUUAAAGAUGGAGCAAUCACCCAACUCAUGUUCAUCUGAUGAUGAAGACCAGAUUAUGGAAAUACGUUGCAAAGAGUUAGAAAAGCAAUUGCUUGAGAACAAAUAUAUGUAUGAUCUGCAUCUAGAGCUUGUAGAUUUGUAUGAAAAGCUAGCUGACAUCCACUCACUUAGAGCAGCUUACCAAAGGUUUCAUGAAUGCUUUCCUCUAACUCCAAAGUUAUGGCUUAGAUGGAUCAAAACUGAAAUAAAUGUUGCUACAUCAGAAGAAGAGAAACAACAUAUAUUACAAUUAUUUGAUCUGGCAGUGGAAGAUUAUUUAUCUGUUAACUUAUGGCAAGCAUAUGCUGAGUAUGUUAUGGAAAUAGGAAGUUUGGAAAAGUCAAGAAUAAUUUUAGAAAAAGCUUUGAACAAUGCUGCAUUGCAUGCAAAUGAUGCUUCAUUACUGUGGGAUUAUUUGAGGGAAAUAGAAUUAGCCAAUUUAUCAAUUGUUCCAAGAGAAACAGAUGCUUGGAAGGAGCAGGCAAUGCGAGUGAUAAAAAUAUUUCAAAGACAACUCUGUGUACCCUUGAUAGGCAUGGAAAAUACUUACACUGAAUGGCAAGAAUGGAAAAGUACAUUACCUCCAGAUAUUAAGUUUGACCUUGAGCCUAUAGAAUGGGGAUAUCAGAAGGCUUUGAAAGACAUGGAGUUAUAUAAGCCUUUUGAAGAAGAACUUUUAACUGCAAAGGACGAUAAUGAAGUAUAUGAAAUAUACAAAAAAUAUAUAGCUGUUGCCAAAGAUCCUGCAACAGUUAUUUGUUUAUAUGAAAGAGCCGUUACCCAAAUGAGCUUAAAUCCUAUAUUGUGGCUAAAUUAUUGUAAAUAUGUUUUCAAAUUAGGAGAUAGUGCUUUGAAAGUUUCUGAAAGAUCACUUAGGAACUGUACAUGGAGUGAAGAUCUAUGGGUUAUGAAGCUUAGAAUCAUGGAAAAUUUGAACAAAGAUGAAAAUGAAGUUAUGUCUUCAUUUGAACAAGGACUUACCAACAUUGCUCCCUCACUAGGCUUGCAAUUGUGGUUUACGUAUAUAGAAUAUGUAAAAAGAAACACUAAAAAUGAAGAAAAAUUGAACAAAAUUUUAGAGAAGGCAUCUGAUAUUUGUGGGGACUAUGAUCCUCAUUAUUCAUUUGGUAGAUUUCAUGCUAGGCUUCUAGCAAAAAACGAAAAUGUUAAAGAAGCUAUAUCUAUUUGGAACAAGAUCAUGAGUAUUCCACAGAAUAAAGGAAAUUUAACCUUUUGGUUGGAGUUCUUAGCUUUAAUCAAGCAAUAUGGAAAUGUAAAUCAAAUAAGAUCAUUAUAUCAAAAAGCCUUGAAUUCUUGCAAAGAUUGGGCCUACUAUAUUGCAGAAGAGUGGUUACUAUUCGAAAGAGAAUUCGGAUCACUUUUGACAGUAAUGGACUGUAAUGAAAAAUGUGAAAAAGUCAAGACAAAUUACCAGCAAAUUAGUCAACAAGAAAAUACUCAAAAAGUAAAUCAUGAUGACACUAGACAAAAUAAAAAACGAAAAUAUCAUCAAGAGCCAUCAAGUGAUAAUAAAAGAGCAAAACAAGAGGUAAAAAAGGUUGAAAUAGAAACGAAACAACCUAUAGAAAAGGAUCCAAAAAAAACUGUAUUUGUAAGUAAUAUAGAUCCAAAGGAAAAAGAGACUUCUCUGAGAAAUAUGUUUCCUAAUGCUGUAAACAUUGAACUUUGCCGAGAUAGAAAAGGAAAUUCGAAAUGUUUUGGAUAUAUACAGUUUUCUAUAGAGGAAGAGGUUAUGACAGCAUUAGCAAGGGAUCGUGAACCACUUGAUGGUCGACCAUUAUUUAUUUCACAUUGCAAGCCAGAUAAAAAUGAGCGUAAAACUGUUUUCAAAUAUUCUACAGAGCUUGAAAAAACUAAACUUUUUGUUCGAGGUUUACCAAAAACGUUAACAAAAGAUGGGGUAAUGGAUAUUUUCAAACCUUAUGGGGCAGUAGAUGCUCGAAUCGUUUUGCAUAAAACUGGACAAUCAAAAGGCCUUGCUUAUAUUGAAUUUGCUGAUUCUGAAAGUACAAAGAAAGCUCUGACUGCUACCGAUCAAAUUAAAAUUGGGGAAAACAUCAUUUCAGUAGCACUAAGUGCUCCCCCACCAAAAAAAGCAUCAGAUGAGAAGCUUCCUGAACCUUCAAGACAUUCUAAGAGUCGAUUACAGGUCGCUUUUAUUCCCAGAUCAGUACAAGUUAAAAGUGAUCAUCCUCCAAGUGAAAAUAAGAAAGUUGAAACACCAAAAUCAAAUGAUGACUUCCGAAAAAUGCUAUUAAAUAAGUGAAAUAUAUAUUAUUGAUAAUAAAUAAAUGUAAUAUUUUCAUUCAAAUCAAUAUAUCCAUUAAAAAUUGAAAGUUGUUACACGAUGAUCCAAAAUAUUUCAAACAAUUUUCACAAUGUGAAAUUGUUUUGUCUCUUCAGUUAUCACUCUGAUGUGUAUUAUGCAAUAAAAUUAGACAAUUAUGAAAUAGUAAUGACAAGUGCGUGUGGAAUAUUUUCUCUUUGUCGGUAUUUUGGAAAUAAGAAUCUGAAAUGUAAUAAAAUAAAAUAUUCAAUAAAAACAGGCUGCUACUGAGGCAUGUCUGCAAAAUAUUCCCUAUUUUGUUUUGCAAUCAUAAAAAUUAUUUAGUAUUUUAUUUGUAGAAUCAUAGGAAUAAAACGAUUAUAUAUCUUAUGAAUUGAUA